UCCUGCUUCCAUGGCUAGUGCAUACGGAUGCCACGAAGAAGAAGCGUCUCGCAGGGCGUGGUGGGAUAGGAGUCUCCUGGCUGGAGGACUGAACAGUGCCCCAGCUGGCUGGCUAGCUGCAGAGAAGAUGGCUGCAGAGGGGAUUUUCAGGCCACCGUCUGAAAACACAGCGCCGUUUGUCAUGUUCGGCGACGACUAGCCAGCGUGUCGCCCCGGUUCUUCCGUCGCUCGGUUCCUCCCGGUGUCGGUCCGAGGGGGGAAUAAAGCCGACAUGGGCUCCCAGACCCUGCAGAUCCUGAGGCAGGGGGUCUGGGCUUCAGUCACAGGCGGAUGGUACUACGACCCCGAUCAAAACACAUUCGUCAACGCUUUACAUCUCUACAUCUGGCUGUUCCUACUAUGUUUCCCCUUCACGCUGUACAUGGCCCUGCCGCCCACCAUGGUGAUCGUGGGAAUCUACUGUGGUGUGAUCGCUGCCAUGUUCCUGCUGCUGAAGACGGUGAAUUACCGCCUCCACCAUGCCCUGGAUGAGGGGGAGGUGGUGGAGCAUCAGGCCAAGGAGAGCCAGGGCAGCAGAGGUGGCACUGAGGGAGCUAAUGAUGGAAGUGUCACCCGUCGGGAGGACAGCAACGGCCCGGGGGACCCUGGUGGGGGUAUAGAAAUGUCAGACUUCAUCCGGCAAGAGACUCCGCCAGUGGACUGCAGUUCUAGGAACUCCUAUAUUGGGAUGGAGUCCAACCAGCAGAUUGCAUCCACACAUGGAAGAGCAACAAUUGCCAAAGGAGAUGUGGGAAAGACCUCAGAUGACAUAAGUUUGACUCUUGUUGAGAGCUGCAGCCAUGAUCAUGAUCUGCUCUCCGACACAAAGAUGUACUGCCUUGUUCCCAACGACUCCUUCGCCUCCUUGCAGCCGUCAACCUCCUUGUGUCCUUCAGAGCUGUCCAGGGAGCCUGCUGAUCUCUGUAACUCUGCUGCUUAUCACUUCAGCCUGUCACACUCCUCCUGCGACACAGAGAUGACCACUCACUCAUCCAUGCAAUCCCAGACCUUUAGGAAGGAGCUCCGUUCUCGAGGCCUGCCCCGGACCUCUAGUUCAGCGGGUUCUGCUUUCCCAGACCCGAGUCUACCAGACUUUGCUCUGUACCCUCCACCCAGGAGAGGCGGCCUCGACCCUGUGUGUGAGCUGGAGACGGCCAGGACACACAGGCCUGGGGUCAUCGACAGGGAGGGGGCAGAGCGACUGUACCUGCAGGACCAAGCUGUGCCCUCCACCUCUGGAGUGGAGGGUUACAGGCACAAAGAAUCACGCAGGGUUGCUCGCUCAGCCUCCAGGGAGGCUGGGGAAGGUAGCUCUGGACUAUAUCAGAUGGAGGUGGGUGGUGGUGGUGGUGGUGGAAAGGGCUCUGGUGGAGGAGGAAAGUCCCAGGGGGGGGAGCGCAGUGCUGAAAGCCUGAGGAGCCUGAGUACUCGCAGUAGUGGCUCCACAGAGAGCUACUGCAGCGGCACAGACAGGGACACCAACAGCACUGUCAGCAGCUUCCACAGUGAGCAGACGAGCUCAACACAUGUGGAGAGCCUCCUCUCGCUUUCAGGGGAUGAACGUGUGCGUGACAGGGGAGAGGCUGUAUCUGCUGCUGCUGCAGAAGGCAGGACUUCUAGCCAUGGCAGUGUUAGCUCUCGAGGUCUCAGUAACCUUCCCUCCAGGGAGGCCAAUAAAAACCCUCAUGCCAAUGAGCUGAUCGCUAAACAAACUGCUGACACAGCAUCCUCUGGAGCCCAAGAACUGGUAGAACCUGGCACACUCACAGAAGAGCCCGGCAUCAGAACCAGUGCUGAUGGCUCAACAGUUGUAGCUGCCACAGAACAGGAUCAGGUGAAAGAGGACAUUCAGCCACAGCCAGCUAGCACUGUUCAGAGGACUUCUUCUCUGUCAGCAGGGCGCAGUGGACGCCGGCGGACUGGCAAGAAAAGAGCAAGCAGCUUUGAUGCCAGCCGUCACCGGGACUACAUGUCUUUGCGUGGAAUGGCCAAGCCUUGUAGUGCUGUCUUCACUGGGGGUGGAGAGGAUGACUCCAGUGAUCAGAGUGAACUCAGUUGUGCCUCCAGUCUCCACUCCACCCACCACCUAAGUACAGACAGCUCAUCUAGCACCUCCCGCUCCUGCCACUCUCCAGAGGGCCACUACAGGGCCCUGAAAGCCAAGCACGCUGCCACCAAUGCACCCUCCUCCUCCUCCUCUGCCACAGUGAAAGCUGAGGCCGGAGUGCGAACCGGAGGGAAGCGGCGCUCCUCCCGUCGUACCCCCAGCACAGGCAGUGCCAAAACGCAUGCUAGAGUGUUGAGUCUGGACAGUGGUACGGCUGCCUGCCUUAAUGAUCCCAGCCGCCUCGGAGCUCCAGCUGGGCCUCGGCCCCUUACCACCUCCAAGUCGGACUUGGAAGCCAAAGAAGGGGAAGUCCUGGAUGCGGCAUCUCUGCUGGGUCGGGCCUCUCAGCUGGAAUCAGUGACCCGCUCCAGAAACAGUCUGCCCAACCAGGCAGCGUUCACUGAGCCUCAGGAUGCCACUGCUGCUUCCCUGCGGGCCCCAGGAAGUGAGGAGACGGUCAUAUUUCGCCGUGAGCGUAGCACGUUUCGUCGGCAGGCGGUGCGGCGGCGACACAACGCAGGGAGUAACCCCACCCCGCCCACCUCCCUCAUUGGAUCUCCUCUCAGUCUUCAGGAGGCUCUCAACCAGGCCUCCCAGCCUUCUACUUCCCAGGUGAAAAGUCAGCCAUCCAGAACCCCGUCCCAGGUGACAGUGCUGAGCGCAAGCGCCUCCCUGCUGGCCAGGAAUGGAAGCACACACCUGGAGGGUUCUCAGGACAAGGCCUCAACUGUUGGCGCCACCAGCUUGCAGGAUGACUUCGGAAAGCUCACGCCCUCGCUGUAUGAGGCCAGCGGAUGUGACAUGUCACUGGUCAAUUUUGAACCUGCAACCAGACGAGCCUCCAAUAACAUAUGGGAUACUGACUCCCACCUCUCCAGUUCUACCUCAGUUCGCUUCUACCCUCAUGACCUGAUCUCCCUCCCUCAGAUCCGUCUGAACCGUCUGCUGACGAUGGACCCGGAGCUUCUGGAGCAGCAGGACGGAGAUCUGAGCCCGGAGCUCCAGGAUGCACCACUUGGACAAGAGGACCGUGCAGCCACCACAGCCGCUGGCAAAGCCAAGCAGUACUACCGCCUGUGGCUUCUCCCCUACAUGUGGGUCGGCCUGCACUUCGACCGGCUCACCCUGCUGGCGCUGUUUGACAGGAACCGUGAGGUUUUGGAGAAUGUGUUGGCAGUGGUGCUCGCUGUCCUAGUGGCCUUUCUGGGUUCAGUGCUGCUCGUCCACGGUUUCUUCACCGACAUCUGGGUCUUUCAGUUCUGCCUCGUCAUUGCAAGUUGCCAGUAUUCCUUAUUAAAGAGUGUUCAGCCAGACUCCUCUUCCCCUCGGCAUGGCCAUAAUCGUAUCAUCGCGUACAGCCGGCCUGUCUACUUCUGCCUGUGCUGUGGCCUCAUUUGGCUGCUCCACUACGGCAGUCUGAGGACCACUUCAUCCCGCUUCACCCUGUAUGGAGUCGCACUCACCAGCUCCCUGGUGCUUACCUCCGCCAGGGACCUCGUCAUAGUCUUCACUCUGUGUUUCCCCAUCGUCUUCUUCGUGGGGCUGCUGCCACAAGUCAACACGUUCGUCAUGUACCUCUUCGAGCAGCUGGACAUCCAUGUGUUCGGGGGCAACGCCUCCACAAGCCUUCUGUCAGCGCUGUACAGCAUCCUGCGCAGCAUCGUCACCGUCGCUCUGCUUUACGGCUUCUGCUACGGGGCUCUGAAGGAGACGUGGGAGCCUCAUCACAUCCCCGUGUUGUUUUCUGUGUUCUGCGGCCUCUUGGUGGCAGUAUCCUACCACCUGAGCCGGCAGAGCAGCGACCCGUCUGUCCUCAUCUCACUUAUACAGUCCAAGAUUUUACCCAAUUUAAAAGACAAGAACCCGGAGGACCCAUUGUCAGAGGUGCAGGACCCUCUGCCAGAGAAGCUAAGGGCCUCGGUGAAUGAACGUCUGCAGUCGGACUUGAUCGUCUGUGUGGUCAUUGCUGUCCUUUACUUUGCCAUCCACGUCAGCACAGUGUUCAUAGCGCUGCAGCCUUUCCUCAGUUACGUCCUCUAUGCUCUGUUGGGGACAGUGGGGCUGCUCACCCACUAUCUGCUGCCUCAAGUCCGCAAACAGCUGCCCUGGUACUGCUUCUCCCACCCUCUGCUCAAAACCAAGGAGUACUAUCAGUUUGAAGUCAGAGAUGCGGCUCAUGUGAUGUGGUUUGAAAAGCUCCAUGUGUGGCUGCUGUUUGUGGAAAAGAACGUCCUCUAUCCGCUCGUCAUCCUUAACGAGCUGAGCGGCAGCGCCAGAGAGCUCGCCAGCCCAAAGAGGCUCGACACAGAGGUCGGCGCUCUGAUGAUCACAGUUGCAGGCCUGAAGCUGCUGCGCUCCUCCUACAGCAGUCCAACCUACCAGUACGUGACCAUCCUCUUCACCGUCCUCUUCUUCACCUUCGACUACCAUCAUCUGUCCGAGACGCUGCUGCUCGACCUCUUCCUCAUGUCCAUUGUUUUCAGCAAGUUGUGGGAGCUGCUCUACAAGCUGCACUUUGUCUACACCUACAUCGCCCCAUGGCAGAUCACAUGGGGCUCAGCCUUCCACGCCUUUGCUCAGCCCUUUGCUGUGCCUCACUCUGCCAUGCUGUUUGUUCAGGCUGUAGUGUCAGCAGUCUUCUCCACCCCCCUCAACCCCUUCCUGGGCAGCGCCAUCUUCAUCACCUCCUACGUCCGACCCGUCAAGUUCUGGGAGAGAGAUUACAACACCAAGAGGGUGGAUCACUCUAACACUCGGCUGGCCUCUCAGCUGGACAGAAAUCCAGGCUCUGACGACAACAAUUUGAACUCCAUCUUCUACGAGCAUCUUACCCGCUCCCUGCAGCACAGCCUGUGUGGAGACCUCCUACUGGGCCGCUGGGGAAACUUCAGCACCGGGGAUUGUUUCAUCCUGGCCUCCGACUACCUGAACGCUCUGGUGCAUCUUAUAGAGAUCGGCAAUGGCCUGGUCACCUUCCAGCUCCGAGGGCUGGAGUUCAGAGGAACCUACUGCCAGCAGCGGGAAGUGGAGGCCAUCACUGAAGGGGUGGAGGAAGACGAGGGCUGCUGCUGCUGCGAGCCGGGUCACCUCCCUCACAUCUUAUCCUUCAAUGCCGCUUUUGGGCAGCGCUGGCUGGCCUGGGAGGUUCUGGUCACCAAAUAUGUUCUGGAGGGCUACAGCAUCACUGAUAAUAGCGCCGCCUCCAUGCUGCAGGUGUUCGACCUCCGACGAAUCCUCACCACCUACUAUGUCAAGGGUAUCAUUUACUACGUGAUUGCGUCCCCUAAACUGGAGGAGUGGCUGGCUAAUGAGACCAUGAAAGACGGCCUGCGGGGAUGUGGGGAGAGGAACUACGUGGACCUGGAUCCCACCUUCAACCCCAACAUCGACGAGGACUACGACCAUCGGCUCGCAGGCGUCUCCAGGGACAGUUUCUGUGGCGUCUACCUGGGCUGGAUCCAGUACUGCAACUCUCGGAGGGCCAAGCCGCUGGACAGUGAGAAGGACUCGGCUCUGGUGCUGCUCUGCUUCGGCCUCUGUGUUCUGGGACGGAGAGCUCUGGGAACAGCAGCCCAUCAUAUGUCCAGCAAUCUGGAGUCUUUCCUUUAUGGACUUCAUGCAUUAUUUAAGGGAGAUUUCCGCAUCUCGUCGGUGCGAGAUGAGUGGAUCUUCGCAGAUAUGGAACUCCUCAGGAAGGUCGUGGUGCCUGGAAUCCGAAUGUCUCUCAAAUUACACCAGGACCACUUCACGUCCCCCGACGAGUACGAUGAGCCGGCGGUUCUUUUCGAGGCCAUCUCCUCCCACCAGCAGAACCUGGUCAUCGCUCACGAGGGCGACCCGGCCUGGAGGAGCGCCGUGCUGUCCAAUGCCCCGUCGCUGCUCGCCCUGCGCCACGUCCUGGACGAGGGCACCAACGAGUACAAAAUCAUCAUGCUCAAUCGACGAUACCUCAGCUUCCGUGUGAUCAAGGUGAAUAAAGAAUGUGUCCGAGGCCUUUGGGCCGGGCAGCAGCAGGAGCUGGUGUUCCUGAGAAACAGAAACCCAGAGCGCGGCAGCAUCCAGAAUGCCAAGCAGGCUCUGCGGAACAUGAUCAACUCUUCAUGCGACCAGCCCAUCGGUUAUCCCAUCUACGUGUCUCCGCUGACCACCUCCUACUGCAACUCGCACCCGCAGCUCGGACACAUCCUGGGAGGCCCCAUCAGCAUCGGGAACAUCCGCAACUUUGUAGUCAGCACGUGGCACAGGUUACGGAAGGGCUGUGGUGCAGGCUGUAACAGUGGAGGGAAUAUCGAGGAUUCAGACGCAGGAGGUUUGUCCUGUGGCAGUGGGAACGGAACUGGAGGCGACUCUCAGCAGAGUUCGGUGUCACAGGGAGGAACUUCUGGACCUGCUCCUCCUCACUCAUACCAGCCACAUCCUCUGGGAACCAGCCAGAGUUCUCAGUCCGUUCAGUCUGGUUUGGUCCGUCACUCUCCUGCCCGAGCCUCUGUUGCCAGCCAGUCCUCAUCGUACCGCUACAGCAGCAGCCGCCACUCCUCCCUGCGCACCUCCACCACCGGCCUGGAGCCCUGCCGACGCUCCUCCACCAGCCAGCUGUCUCUGCGAACCCUCCCCACGUCCCUGCAGCUGCGGCUGGGCUCCACCUCGGACCCCGCCGGCCCCUCCGCCUCCCUCUCCAGCCACAGCAUCCCCCCCUGCAAGCGCCACACGCUGGUGGGCCUCCUGGGCAACGACGGCCUCUGCAGCACCGUGACGGACCCUCUCAGCCAGCAUCAUCACCACCAUCACCACCCGCAGCAACACAACCCCACCGUCUCCACCGUACGGAGAGACGACAUCUCCUACAGAGUGCAGAUCGUGGACGUGAGUCAGGUGCUGGAGAACAUCAGCCUAUCGAAGCGUAAAGAGCUGCAGUGGCCUGACGAGACCGUGAGACUGAGAGCAGGACGGACCUGCUGGAGAGACUGGAGCCCUUUAGAGGGCAUGGAAGGACAUGUGAUUCACCGGUGGGUGCCUUGUAGCCGAGACCCAGCCAACCGCUCCCAUAUCGACAAGACCAUCCUGCUGGUACAGGUGGAAGAUAAGCUAGUGCCCAUUAUAGAGACUGGGGUCAUUGAGUUGGGUGCAGAGGUUUGAGACGAGCAAGCACACACACACACACACAUCAAACACACACACACACACACACACGCGUGGAUGCUUGUGUGAAGACGAAGCCAGACCUCCCUGGCAUUCAGCAGGACGUGGCAUCCUGCAGACAAACGGGACCCGGGAGCUCCCCCCUGCCCCGGCCCUCACCGCUGAGGGGGAAAAGGAAGCCAGGGAAAAGUGCAAGCACAGGCAGAGCCUACAUUUACCCACAAUGCUUUACCGCAUCCACACACCGCCACAGUAUCUGCCUUGCUUCGCGUCUCAGAAAAUGCUGCAUGACAGUAAAACAAAACCCUUAAGUUAAGUUAGUUCUCGCUACUGGUGAUUAAUUUCUAUGCAUUUCAUCGACGAUUUUUCUUGGAAAUACUGACAGAGCUGAGUGUACGGAGCGCGUGAAGGUUUUUUUUUUUCUUCUUGUCCUUAAAUAAUUUGCCAAAUAAGAUCCGCCAUGGUUUCAUACACGUGAAAGCUUUUUUUUUCUUCUUUUAAUUCGCUGCCAAGUCCGCAGAGGAGUUGGGACUCGACGGUGCUGCCACUCUGUCUCAUUGUCGUCAUUCCUUUUUUUUUUUUGGAUUAUUUUUGAAAAAUUUGCAAGAUUAAUUUGCGCAAAGAUUAAAAAAAAAGAACUUGCACUAUAAUUUUUUUCAUUUCUUUUUUUUUUAAUUUACAGUGAUGCACUACAAUCUUUAGAUAAUAUCACAUUUUAUUUAUUACAGACUCUGAAUGGCCAUGGUUACCGAUGCCUUUGGAAUGAAAAAAAUAAUGCAAUCAUUAUUCUGUUUUCAGCCAUUUUUAUUUUAAUAUUUUGUGUUUGAUAAACUUGAAAAUAACUUUUUACUGUAUAUGAUUAUAUCUAUAAAUAUAUAUAUAUAUUUACACAAAUAUAUAUAUAUAUAAUAUUAAUGUAUAAAAGAUUUUGUUUUCAAUAUUUAUUACUGUGAACAUGGUAUUUACACUUUUUUUUUCAUUUUCGGACAAAGGUUAAUGUAUUAAGGACCAUUGGUUGAAAACAAGAUGCCGCAUUUUUGAUGGACUGUUUCACUAUUUAACUUAAUUCGUUUUCUAUAUGCAAAAAUAAAAGUUUGAUUUAUUGCUGUCUUUAA